AUGUCUCUCAUAAAAAUAUCAGUAUUUUCUCUAUUUAGUCUGUGCUUGAUAUCUGCACAGGCAGCGAGAUUUGACAUCGUUAACCAAUGCUCAUACACUGUCUGGCCAGCUGCCAUCCCCAGCGGCGGCGGUAGGCAGUUAAACUCUGAAACAAAUUACCUACAAUAUUCAAGGCAAAAAUUACAUGAAGCAAAAACAGUAGCCAUCUCACUCGGUCACCUCAGUAGUAACUCCCGUAAUAGGCCUGAGGAACUGCUGCAGGUUGCUGUGCCGGAGCUGCAGGUUGUGCAUAAUUUUGUUGAGGCAGUGCCUGUUGAAAUUCAGACAAAAGUAUUAACACUAGAUCCAAUUCCAAAUACUCACGGGUUAAGCAGAAUGUUUCUUGCAGAAACUGGUUUAGUCUCUGUUGAACAUCAAAUGCGAGAGAUGGGCUUGGACGUUAAGGCUCCUGUAGAGACUGACAAAAAGGCCGAAUAA